CCGCCGCCGUCGUGGUCGCCGGCUUUCGCUGCUGUCGCCGUCUCGACCAAACUGGAGGUGGAAGGGACCGCCGAGUCCAGGAAAUCAAAGAAACGAAAGAGCGGAGAAAGCGCGCCGUCCCCUCUCGAAUUGCAGAAGGAAGGGAAAAUACCUCCUCGGCAGAAACCGGCCUUCGUAUUCGCGCACGCCGCCUCAUUGCGCCGCACGACGGGGCGCCUCCCGCCGUUUUCCCAGAUAGUGCAGUAGCCGCGGCUGCCCAAUACAAGUGCGCGCGCGAGAUCUUCAAACGCGCCUGUUUCCUCCGCCAAUCGCUGCGGCAGGAAGAGAGAGCGAAAGUGUUCCUCACGGACCUUCAAACCGACCUCACGACGCCAGCGUCGCUAAAGCGCGGGCACCGAAUGUGACGGUAAACUCGCAGCAGUGAGAACUGGAGUGAAAGCCAGCCAGCGGUAUCGCUGAGCACAGCAAUGUCUUGACUGGACGCGCGUGCGCCGAUGUGCAUUCAUGUGUGCCCGGCCGGGCGCUCUCCUGCCCUGCCUUUCUCCGUGUGUAUCUGGUGGUGCGAAGGAUUUCUCAACGAGCGACCAGCCUCUCCGCGGACUGAUCCAAGUGUACUGUCACCGCCGGAGUCGAUCUCCUUCUGGACAUAACUGGAGCACGUCCGUCGCCUCGACGCGUGAGGACUGCGCUGCCGAGCCUCGCCGUCUUUCGCCCGCACUCUGACGAGGAAAAUAAGCGAAAAGCUCAGAUUCCGGUCAGGGGCUGAAACAUGGUGCGAUCCUGCCUGUGCCGCGGCGUUCUGGCGGCCGUCCUGGUGCCAGCGGCGUUGACAGUAGCACUGUUGGCCCGUUGCGCGCGGGCCAUCGACAUCCGUCCCGUGCUGGAGGAAGACACGUCGUCGCUCCUGGAGAACCGCACCUUCGCCCAGCGUUUUAUGGUGCCUUCCGGCGACGGGGCCAAUGGUGGCGGCAACAUCUCCCAUGACGAGGCCAGCGUGCUGGAGCUGUGGCAGACCUACGACAAGGGUCUGCGUGGACAGGUGGACAACUUGCUCCGGCAAGCGUUGCCGUACCUCCUCGAAAUCGGUGACGUGGGCAUCGACAUCCGAUGCGCCCAGUCGCUGCUCAAGAUCGUUUUCGGGCUGCGCAAGCUCGAGAAGUGGGCCUUCAAACAAAAAAAUGACCUGUCCACUACCGCGAUGGCGAAGAAAUUGCUGGACUCCAUCGGGCGUCCCCCGUCGGGCAUCCUGGACGUGACCAUGUCAGACUACGGUGACUACGACCAGUGCCUCGAGGUGGUCUCCCUGACGCGUUCCGGCGACGAGGAUUUCCGCGGACAGCAUUGCAACAUCCAGGUCGAGCACCCGCACAUACCCGCCCUCACGAAACACGCCAUCGCACGCCUGCCACAGAUACUCAAGGAGGACUCGGUUUACAAAGACGUGCUGCUUACGUACACAAGGUUGCAGACAUCCAUCGCAGUACGCGUGGGCAUCUGCGUUCCAUCUACGUGCAGCAAGGACGACGUCUUCAAAAUGCUCAAUCCAGCGGUGGCUAACCUCAAGCUUGGCGUGAGCGUCGCAGAGUGCGAAACGAAGAGCAUCGUCACUCUCACGGAAGAACAGUUGGUAGCCAUAUGCAUGUUCGGCCUCUUGGGCACCGUCCUUCUCCUCGGAACGUUGCUCGAGAUUGUCCUCAACAUCAUCCAGAGGCCAAGUUUCUGCGAAUCAUUCAGGAGAAAAGCGGACAAGAGUGUGCUGGCCACAUUCGGCAUCUUCCGCAACCUGAAGCAACUCCUGACAACUGAGGACGUGCCUUCGGCCAUGCAGUGCCUGCACGGCAUCCGCGUCAUCACCAUGUUCUGGGUGGUGCUGUCGCAGACGUACCUCAACGUCGAAUUCCAAGCAGUGCGAGGCCUCAAAUUUCUCAUACCUGCUGUGGAGUCACUUUUCUUCCAAGUCAUCGUCAAUGGCCUCCUAGCCGUGGACACUUUUUUCUUUCUGAGUGGCCUCCUCUUAGCAAUGAAUGUGAUAAGGAAUAUCGACAAGAAAAACGUGAAGAAGCAGACUUUCGGCAUCUUCCUCUACAGGUACCUGAGACUGACCCCUGGCUGCUUGGUGCUGUUGUGCUUCUUCACUCUGGUGCCUCUGCUUGGCUCCGGACCUAUCUGGAAGGAGAAGAUCUUGCCUGAAGUAGCUGCCUGCCGCCGCAACUGGUGGGCUGUGCUGCUCAACGUGAACAACUUUGUCCACUCUGAGCGCAUGUGUCUGCCAAGCUUGUGGUAUGUCAGUGCGGACUGGCAGCUCCAUUGUGCUCUCUUCUUGAUCGUCUUUCUUUUGAUGAGAAGACCAGCGUUUGGUGGCAUGGCUGCAUUUGCUGCUAUAAUAAUCUUCGGUGUCAUCAUAGGAGUGCAAACAACAUUGUCCGGUUACCCACCAACGAUGCUGCCCUUGUAUGCUGAGCGAAGCCGUGUAAUGGCCAUGGUACAGGACGUGGUGAUGCGACCCUACACUCAUGCAGGACCCUUCACGGUUGGGAUGUGCACGGCCUUCUUGAUCUUCAAGUAUCCUACGACAAGGAUCACAAAGGUAGUGCAGGCGACACUGUGGCUAUCGUCGGCACUGUGCAUGGCGCUCUCACUGUUCACCACGUGGAAGUGGAACCGCAAUGUGGAGGCCUCAGACCUGGAGACACUCAUCUACUCCUCAUUGCACCGUACCGGCUGGGCACUGGGCCUGGCCUGGACCGUGUACGCCUGCCUCACCGACAGAUGCACGCUGGUGAACCAGGUGCUGUCGUGGAAGGCGUGGCUCCCGAUGAGCCGGCUAACGUAUGGCGUGUACCUGGCACACCCAGUGGUACUGGACUUCCAAAUGUGGACCAUUCGCGAGAGGAUAUUCGGAAGCCACUUGUCCAUGCUCUAUCUGUUUUCGGGCAACCUGGCCAUCAGCAUGGGCGUGGCCGUCAUCUUCUACUGUGCCUUUGAGGCACCCUUCCGGAGAACUGUGCAAAGACUUCAUCGAAAAGCUGCUUGGGUGCAGUCUCAGAGCAGCGGUGCCUGCUGACACGCCGCCGCCUGUGAACAACAGCCACUGCAGCAACAGCAGCAUCAAGAAGGAGCAAUCGUGCCAAAACAUGGCGACAGCAAACAACACCCUGGACAUGCCCGUCAGGAAUGGCGACGUGCCCCAGGAAAAAAUCGGAGACGCAUCUGUGCACCUCUGAAGCGACCCGCCGGUCCUGCCAAGGCAUGGAACUCAGUCUGCGCAUUGUGAUCUCCAAGUGAACUGUAGGUGCAUGCGUGUGUGUUAGGGAUGGUUACACACUUGUCACAUCUGCAACUUCCUGCCAGCACCAGGAAAGAAAGGUUUACAGCAA